AUGGCAGCGGCACAGCAGCAGCAGCAGCACGUUGUGUCGCAACAUUCCCAGCAGCAGCAGACGCGACAGGCGCAGCAACUACGACAACAGCACCAGCAGCAGCAGCAGCAGGAUGAGGUUGAGGAGUUCGAGGUUUUGGUGGAGCGGGCGCAGACAGGCGCGCAAGCUAGCACCAGCAGCAGUAGCAGCGCCAGCAGCUCGGUUCCAAGAGCCGAGGGCGGCGACAGCGGCCCAGGCCAGAGCCCGCCGCUGUCGGUCCCCGCGCCGCUCUUCAGUUUCCGCGACUCGGGUUUUGAGUGCAGCGUCAUGCGCGCGAUCUGCGCGGCGCCGGACUGGUUUGUCGUGCGGCGCGUUUUUGAGCGGUGGCAGGGGCGCCUCAACCCAAUGCAGCUGGCGGCGAUGCUCUGCCGCCUCGCGGAGCUGCGCGCCACCACGCACGCGCACACGCUGCGCAGCGAGCGCACGGCGCUGCGGCGGUUCACGGCCGCGCUGCUGCUGGAGGCGCGCGGGGUGCUGCCAUCGGCGGACGCGGGGACGGCGGCGGCGAUGCUACGGGGGAUGGCGCAGCUCUCCAAGGCGGGGAAGCUGGACGUCGAGCCGACCCUGGUGGAUGACAUCCUGUUCUACGCCACCCCCACCUUGGGGGCCCUGCGGCCGACGGACCUCUGCAACCUGCUGUGGUCGCUGUCGCAGCUCCGCGCGCGGCCAAGGCCCGCGUUCCAGUCGGCGCUGUUCUCGGCGGCCGAGCCGCUGCUGCCGCACCUGAGGCGCGAGGAGGCAGCCCCCCCGCCGCGCUGGCACGCCGCGCUGUGCGACGCGGCGCAGGAGGAGCUGCCCUCCCUCCGCCAGCCGCAGCUCGCCAUGCUCCUGCACGCGCUCGGGACGGCGCGGUCGCGCGGUGGGUCGCCCGGCUUCCUGGACGCCGUCCUUGAAGAGAUCGCCUCCCGCUUCGGCCAGCUCGGGCCACAGGCCCUGACCACAUGCGCCUGGGUGCUCGCGCGGCUGCGCUACGUGCCGCCGCGCACCUGGCUGGCCGGCUUCUUCGCGGCUUCCUUCAAGCUGCUGCCCAGCUACCGCACCCAGGAGCUCGCCGUCACGCUGUGGGCGCUGGCGGCGCUGCGGCUGUACCCGGGCGACCCCUGGCUGGACGAGUUCUUCGACACCUCAGAGGCGCUCCUGGACGCCCCUGCGUCCAGGGCCGGCGCGGGCGCCGGCGCAGGCGGCCCCGCCGCUGGCGGCGGCGGCAGCGGCAGCAGCAGCGGCAGCAGAGAGGGCAGCUAUUUUUCGACGCUGGACCUGGCUAUGACGGGGUACGCGCUUGCUAAGCUCAACCUGCGUCCGCCGAAGAGCUGGGCGCGCCGCUACUGCGCCUCUGUGCUGCGCCACAAGCACGAGCUCACCAAGCCGCUGCUGCGGCAGGUGCUGGUCGCGCUGGGCAGCUUCCGCAUCGGCAACAUGGACGGCUGGCGCAGUGAGCUGUACUCGGCGGCGGGGCUGCGACUGACGCGGCGGCUGCGCGGGCGGCGCGGCAGCAAGCGGCCGCGCCCCACGAGGCCGAGCGACCCCUCGGCAGCGGGUCCGCCAGGGCUGCAGCAGGGGGACCAGUGGGCGGGGGGCGCGGCGGCCGCGGCUGGGGCCGGUGGGUACGCGCUGAUUUUGGACGCGCGGCGUGCCAACGGCGGCGGUGGCCCGCGCGGCAGUGGUGGCGGCGCCGCAGCUUUGCUUUAA